AUGGAAGGGCCAACAGAUGAGAUGGCACAUGAUGACAUUUGGGACGACUCCGCCCUGAUCAGGUCCUGGGAUGAGGCUUUGGACGAGUACAAGAAAUACCACAGCAUCCACGCAAGCGGAGGAAAGCUAGAGGACCUUCCCGAGUAUUCUCAGGAUGCCAAGCCUGAAACGAGCGACACACACCACCAGUCCGAGCCCGUCUGGACGUCGGCUGCAGUGACUUCGGACCAAAAUACACCCUCGAAUCAGCCGGCGCGGGACUCCCACGAACAGAUCACCACGGGAAGCACAGGUAAUGGUAAUGCGACCAAGGAUGGCAUGAACGAUGGCGUGGCCAGCGGCGCCGGCAGUGGUGACAGGCACGCCGGCGAGAGUCAUGGCCAGGACAGCGCGGGAGGAAACAUGGCCCCCCCGCAGGUUCUACUGGGCGCUGUGCAAGAUGAAGGCCUGAAGAGGCUUCUCAUGUCUUGGUAUUACGCGGGAUACUACACGGGCUUGUAUGAGGGCAAACAAGCCCGCCAGGACCAGCAAUAG